CACAGGCUUCACGCUCCCCGACCUCGCCCACCGCCAUCCCCAGACCACGUCCGCAGACUCACGUACGUCCUCCCUGUUAUUUUCUGACGGCCAGCGCGCAGAAUGUUCUUCGGGGGGCACGGGCAACGCGACACCCCUCCUCCCCUCGAGAUGCACGCGCGCCACUCGCUUCCGGCUCCGCACAGGGAGGGACGGGGGACGAUCCGUGCCGUACCCCCCGAGCUUGGACGCCCUAUCUCGCCCGUCGAGGUGUGGAGCAUCGGGUCAGAGUAUGCGCGCCGCGAAGCCGCGCGUAGCAUAACGCCGCCCGCGUCGCCUUGCUGGCCCAGUACGCCGGCGCACGAUAAUAGCGAGAGCCACGAGUCGUCGGGCACAUCGGGGACCGAGCGGACGGGCCACACGAACGCGAGCAGCGCGAACAAGGUCGUCAAGCCCGAUAUCGCGCGCGAAAAGCAGGAGGGGCCGCGCUUAUUCAGCGCGUCGAGCUGGAGCCUGGCGCUGCGCAAGAGCGGCGGGUUUAAGCGCGUCAAGAACGCCCUCCGUGCCAUUGGGCGCCGGCGCACCGCUUCCCCCGCGCCGGCCGAGCAGCCCAGCGCAGUGUGCGAGUCGGCGACGGUUGAAGCGCAUCCGGCGUAUAUGCAGAUGAUGCGGAUGGAGCGGAUCACGACCGAGCGCGACGAGCCACCUGUUAGUCGCGGGCACGAGCGCAAAGCCACGUUUGGAGACGCUAGCACGCGCGCCGAGCGCGCGCAGACGCUCUACGACGAUACGAGCGCGCCGCGCAACAGCAGACACACAGUGCGCCGCAAGCCCGUGCCGGUACUCGGGGAGGAUGAGCGCCCCCUCAUGCGCGCGCGCAGCGUCCCGCACCGGCCGGAGCGGAUGGGCAUGAAUGGCACGUCGCUGCCGCCCCCGCCGCGGCGGCGGCGCUAGUUGUUCGUCAGCCAAUCUUGCUUGGACUUCCGCCCUCCCACGUCUGGCACGUAACGACCUAUCUCCGCUGUUCAACACCCUGUCUGUACUUGCCUCACUUGAAACCCAGACGAUACAGUGUAGGUCUUGAUGCUGGCGUAAUGAUAUAUAUCCUCUUUUCUUCUCGGCAUGUCGUC